AUGGCAGACCUCAUCAGAGAUGCUCCCCUGGGGCAGCUCAUUCGCUUCGUCACCCGCAACAAAUACCUUCAGUACCCCGAAGAAAAGCCCGGUUUCAAGCUCCCCGAGUCCUGGGACGCUGUUCUCAACAACCCAGACGCCAUCAUCGACGAGACCUCUGGUGCAAACAACAACACUCUCCUCACAGGCACGGCCCUCGCAUCCUCAGCUUCUUCCACUGUCGCAGCUACUGAAGAUCCCAAGGCAAAGGGCGAGACAGAAAAGGAGACUGAGGAUAUCGAGCGUGCUGAUGCAGUCCCCGUUAGACUACAUCGUUCGAGAUCGCCUCAGGAGACGCAGGCUUACACCAUCGAUCGACUCGAGGCUGAUGAAGAACACGAUGUGGAAAAGGUCAAGUCUAUUCCUGUUGUACCUAAACGUACCAAGGAUGGACAUGUCCUUGUGGACUGGUACUACAGCGAUGACAACGAGAAUCCUCACAACUGGACCAACAACAGACGUCUUGGCGUAGCUCUCAUCAUCUGUCUCUACACCUUUGUCGUGUACACUUCCUCAGCUAUCUAUACUUCUUCCACAGAGGGUAUCAUGCACGCCUUUGGGGUGAGUCAACUCAAAGCUACACUUGGUCUAUCGCUCUAUGUUCUGGGUUACGGUAUCGGACCUCUCGUGUUCUCACCCCUGAGUGAGAUUCCUCGAAUUGGUCGUAACCCUGUCUACAUCGUCACCAUGUUCCUCUUCGUCAUCAUCUCGAUCCCUACAGCUCUUGUCAAGAACUACCCUGGUCUCAUGGUCCUUCGAUUCCUCCAGGGUUUCUUUGGUUCGCCUUGUUUGGCUUCUGGUGGUGCUUCUCUUGGUGAUAUCUACAGUCUCAUGGCUCUUCCUUAUGCCAUGAUGGCCUGGGUCUCUGCUGCUUACUGUGGACCUGCUCUCGGUCCUCUCCUCAGCGGUUUCGCAGUCCCAGUCAAGGGCUGGCGCUGGUCUCUUUACGAAAGCAUCUGGGCCUCAGCCCCUAUCUUCAUCCUCAUGUUUCUCCUCCUCCCUGAGACAAGCGGUGCAAACAUCCUCCUCCGCCGUGCUGAACGUCUCAGAAAGCUCACGGGUAACGAGCGCUUCAUGUCUCAGAGUGAGAUUGAUCAGCGUCACAUGAAGGUUUCGGCCAUUGCUAUUGAUGCCCUCAUCAAGCCUAUGGAGAUUACCAUCAAGGAUCCAGCUGUGCUUUUCGUCCAGAUCUACACUGCCAUCAUCUACGGAAUCUACUACUCCUUCUUCGAAGUGUUCCCUCGUGUCUACCCCGUCUACUAUGGCAUGAACCUCGGCGAGAUCGGCCUCGUCUUCCUCUGCGUCCUCGUCUCAUGUAUGAUUGGUGUAGGAGUCUACCUCGCCUACCUCUACUACUACAUGGACCCUCGCAUCGCCAAGCGCGGCUGGCCCGUCCAAGAAAGCCGUCUCGUCCCAGCUCUCCCAGCCUCUCUUGGUCCCACCAUCGGCUUGUUCCUCUUCGCCUGGACAGCCCGAAGUUCUAUCCACUGGAUCGUGCCAACCAUCGGUAUCACCAUCUACGGUGCCACUGUCUUUGUUGUCAUGCAGUGUAUCUUCGUCUACAUCCCUCUCAGCUAUCCCAUGUACGCUGCUAGUCUCUUUGCUGCGAACGACUUCUUCCGAAGUGCUCUUGCUUGCGGUAGUGUGCUCUUUGCGCAGCCUCUGUUUGAUAACCUUGGUGUUGCCAAGGGCACAAGUCUGCUUGGUGGCUUGAGUGUUAUUGGAAUCAUUGGUAUCUGGCUGCUGUACUUUAACGGUGCCAAGCUACGAUCUCUCAGCAAGUUUGCUAUCUCAGACCACGUUGAGUAG